GAUAAAGAAGGAGUUGGGACAGAAGGAUACGACAUAUAUUUAAAAUCUGAUCUUCAAGGACUGAAGAAAACUAAACAUUUAUUUCCCUCUACCCCAGUAAAUAAAUACAUACAUAAAGAGAAGAAGGGGAAGCAUCAUUAUUCCUGAUUUACAGUACUGUGUGCCUGGGACUAGAAGAGACAUCAGCUGAACAAAGCCUAUCUCUACCAAACAAUCUCACUUCUGAGCCAGAUCAUAUCAGGGACCUGCCUAUCAUUUUCUCUUUACAGGGGUAAGCCAAGGAGUACAACAUAAAUUAAAUCUUAUCCCGACUAUCAUCUUUCUCGAUUGUGCUAUUAGGAAGGAGAGGGGGGGAAUAUCUUGAUCGUGUUUAUCUCUGCAUCUCUUUUGUUAUUUAUCGAAACCUGGGAGGAGGAAGAGAAGGGGAAAACAGCACUUUUCAACACAUUCCCUCCCCCUGCCCCGAAACACACCGGCUACAGAUAUAUUAUAGAUCUCUGGAAGAAAAAAAGACUCUGCCGGGGAAAUGUAUUUCUAAUACGUCUUAAAUUACCUACGUUGUUAUUUAUACUCUCCAAAAAUUAGAUAACAUCUUCUAUUUCUGGACCUGCGAGGCCAUCACAAGGAAUGCGAUCUGCCUUUUCCAGUUCAGAUAGAACAACUCGCUGCUUUUAAUUUAUUUUUUAUUCUGAUUUUGGUUUUUCUUUUUAAUGUUCCUCUCCUGGAGUUUCGAACUGUAAAAGCAUCAGGGUGGGGGACAGGGGGCUUUAAGGAAGACUGUUGCAAAGACUCAGGCAAGGGUCAUUUCCCCACCCCACCAAAAUGAUGCUCAGCCCGGACCAAGCGGCGGAUUCCGAUCACCCCUCCUCGGCUCCCUCGGACCCGGAGUCCCUGGCGGGGCCCGACGCCAAGGGGCUGCUAGGCUGCUGCGUCUCGGACCCGGAGCCGGUGGAGGAGGGCGGCGGGGAAGGCAAAGGGGGCGGCCGGGCUGCCCUGCACACCCAGCAGCUGACCCGCGAGGAGAAGCGGCGCCGGAGGAGGGCCACGGCCAAGUACCGCUCGGCCCACGCCACCCGUGAGCGGAUCCGGGUGGAAGCCUUCAACCUGGCCUUUGCCGAACUGCGCAAACUGCUGCCCACCCUGCCCCCGGACAAAAAACUCUCCAAGAUCGAGAUCCUGCGCCUGGCCAUCUGCUACAUCUCCUAUCUCAACCACGUGCUGGACGUGUAGGGGCUGGGCCGCGAGAGAGGGACCGCGGAAGCACUGAUGGAGGGGAAGGAGGCGACGCGCACUGCCGGGAGAUGAUACU